AACUUCGAGUUGCAUUCAAGAUCAAUCAAUAAAUCAUAUGCUUUUCUUGAAAUUUUCUGUCAAUAAGAGUAUUUUGUUGCUCAUUUCCUUUUUCUGCAAUGACCGCUAAAUCGAUCGAGGAGGUGCUAAAGCUACAACCGAAACUGUAGAUGAUAAUGUUAGAAGGUGCUAAAGCUACAACCGAAAUUGUAGAUGCAUUGAGAACUGGAGCAGCUGCAAUGAAGGCAAUGCAAAAAGCAACGAACAUAGAUGAUGUCGACAAAACAAUGGAUGAGAUCAACAAACAAAACGAAAACAUGAAACAGAUUCAAGAAGCAUUGUCAACCCCUAUUGGAGCUGCAGUUGAUUUUGACGAGGAUGAAUUGGAGGCAGAACUCGAAGGUACUGAAUUGGAAGAACAACUUCUCCAACCCACAACAGCUCCUGCAGCACCGGUGCAGGUGCCUCCUGGCAAUCAACCGACUCGUCCCAUUCCUCAAAAGCGCACGGCCGAGGAAGAUGAACUUGCGACAUUGCAGGCUGAGAUGGCACUUUGA